AAUUUGGUUUAAAGGAAUUAUAAUGAAUAAAUUAUUAAGAAAAAUUAUUAGUAACAAAGAACUUAAGGAUGAGUCUAAUAAGGCAUCUAUUAUACAUUAUUUUGAAGAAAGGUUAAAUGAAUUUCAUUCAGAAUUCUCAGAUACUGAAGUAAAAGUUACGAGUUCCAACUAUGUUGCGGACAGAUUAUUGGCUAUCUUAGAAGUGUUAUUCUUGCAUGGCCUUAAAGAAACAUUUAUCAGUCAGCUAUCAACAGUGAUUGGUAAUGAUGUGGACAAAACAAUGGACAUCAAUUUUUGGCACUGUCUUCUUGUACUUUCUCCUAGUGGUGUCGUCGAUCAAAUUAACUCGCUAAAACAUGUUACAACAGAUGUGGGAAAAUGUAGAGCUUGGAUUCGCUGUACCCUCAACGACUGCGUCUUUCGCAGUUAUUUAAUGUCUGCUGUUAAAUAUCGUCGGUAUAUUAUUAAGUUUUAUAACAAGACAGCAAUUAUACGGGAUCAAAAAUGUUUUGAAAAGAUAAUUGCUUUAUUAGAAAGCAUUGAUCAAUAUCAUUUUGAACUCACUUUGAACUCGAGUCUUCUCAAUACAUGGCCCAAUAGCACAUUAAUGUUGGCCGGUUACUGGACCCCAGCUCUUAAAAACAAUCCAUUACAAAACAACAACCCUCAAAUAGCUGAAGCGGUAGAUGUCAACGAUACUGAUGAAGCAAUACUGAUAAAUGAUCAUAAUAGAUCAGAAGAAAGCUAUACUUCAUCUUUAUCUUCGUCAUUUGUUGAUUCCGAGUUUUCACGUAAACCUCCCAUUAUAAUGGACGAAGAAACUGUGUGGCAAUUGAUAAUGAAGCAACCUUCUACUUCUUAUGCAACGCCUAGUAUUACCAAAAAUGUACAUUCUGUUGAUGUAUUGAAAGAAAACUUUUCUAGUAGUGAAAUUUCACCAACAAAACCUAAUGAAAUAGUAACUAAAGAAGAGGAAAGUUUACCAGAGAUAUCAAAUACUGAACAGAAAGCCGAAAGCUUACCAAAUAAAGAAGACAAAUAUGAUGUCCAAAGUUUCAAUGAAUUAUUAGAAUCAUAUAAUUUAAGAGUGAAAAGUUUGUCUGACAGCCCUAAAAUGGAAGAUCUGUAUAAACAAUUGACUGUUCCACAAAUAAUCGAAGAACAGCAUUUCACUGAGCCUGAAACUUUAGAUGAUGAUGACAAUUCUUUUGUUGAGAUAUCAAUGCAUCCCGAACGUUUGAGUUUAGAUCUUUUAAAACAAUAUUUGGAAUAUUUGUUUACACCUCCAAAAGAACUUGGCUUAAAUUCUCAAGAUUUUAUGUGUAAAAGUUGCAACGAAACAAUAGGCAUUGAUUUUGGAGAAUAUUUUAAAUGCAAUUUCACGGCAUGUUAUUACUGUGUACACUGCUUUGGAUCAGAAACAUGGGCAAUACCUGUAAAAACAUUAUUCAAUUGGGAUUUCAACCGGUAUCCAGUUUCCAAUAGUAGUUCAACGUUUCUAAGUGAAAUACAAUAUCACCCAUUGUUUAACAUGAGGAGUAUCAAUCAUAAGCUGUACAAAGCCAACAAGGAAAUGAACAAGUCAAAAAAGUUACGGUGGCAAAUUUACUACCUGUACCAUUAUUUGUCUACUUGCAAGUUAUACAACAUCGAAGAAUUAUCCAAAGAAAUAUGGCCCCGUGUGUAUUUUUUUAAUAAUAUUCACCUGUACUCAUUUGCCGACCUUCUGGAGAUCUAUUCUGGUACUUUAUUUGAGUUCCUCGAGCGUAAGAUUGAAACUAGCCGAAACCAUGUUCUCAAUUGUUUAGUGUGCAGUCAAAAGGGUUUUAUAUGUGAACUUUGCCGCAACCCCAAAAUUAUCUAUCCGUUUGACUUAGGAGAUAAUUAUAGGUGUCGCCAUUGCAAAUCAUUAUUCCAUCGCAGUUGUUAUAAAGAGAAAAAUGUGUGUCCUAAGUGUGAACGAGACAAAAUUAGAAAGAUGAAAAAAACUUCUAACAGUGAAGAUGAAGACAGAGACUAUUAAAUGCUGGUUAAAUAUGAUUUAGUAAAAAUUAAAAUCAUAGUUAAAUAUUUUUAUUUGUAAUCUUACUUAAUAUUAUAUUAUUCUUAUUCUUUUCAUAACUAAAAAUCAU